GAACGAUUUCAGGGUGUAGCGGUUCAUCGACCAAUCAUCUACGGAAGCGUAGCAACCCUUAUUCCAGAAGCUGAACCUUCACCUCCACCCGAUUCUCCAAUCUUAAAAAGUCGAAUGAUACGAGAUGAUGUAUUAGGUGGUCAAGAUGAUAUUUCACAAUAUAUUAGAAAGGUGACUUUUAAAUUACAUGAUUCAUAUACGAAUCCGAUUCGAACAGUAGAUAAACCUCCAUUUGAGAUCACCGAGACAGGUUGGGGAGAAUUUGUGAUUUUGAUUAAAAUAUUUUUUAUACCUGAAGCUGGAGAGAAACCGAUUCAAAUACCUCAUGCACUCAGAUUUCAUCAAUGGACUGAACCUGCUCCACUCACACAUACACCUUGGCUCGAUCCAAUUCCUGAUGAACCUUCAAUACAUUCUUGGCAAUACGAUGAGAUUGUCUUUACUGAACCAACUGACACAUUUUAUCAUAAGCUCAUCCAACACCCGCCUACUCCUUUACCCGCUACAAAUCGAUAUGGAUCAGAAUACGUCAAACAAAUUGGUAGUAAAGGUGAAUCUGGAGAAUUCACUUUAGAUAUUGAAGAACGUGAACAAAAGAAAUUGAAGUGGGCAAACUUAAAGGUGUUGAUUGAGAUUGAUAGGUUGAAAGGUAAAUUGAUCAGGGAUGAACGCGAGUUGAAAAAGGGACAUUCAUCAUGA